AUGGAGCACACCGGGAUCGAUGAGGUGAACCAGACGCACCAGCAGCAGCAUGAGCCCAUCAGCUUCGGGAUCGACCAGAUCCUCAACAGCUCGGACCAGUCCAGCGGCUGCAUGCUGCCCAACCGGACCGGUGACCCGGAUUACGCGCUGGCCUCCAACGUCUACAGCAACGGGUACAACAGCGUCUACAACCCGGCCUGCUCCAUGGCGGCGGGUCUGGCCGGCUCCUAUAAUGUCAACAUGAACAUGAAUGUCAGUAUGAACAUGAACGUUAACGUGAACUCUGGUGGCGCCGGAGGGGUGAUCCGGGUGCCGGCGCAUAGACCCAUGCCGCCGCCGCCUGCCGCUGCUGCUCCACACCCGCCCACAUCCACGCAUCCGCCGGGCAUCGGACCCGGCAUCCCCUCGGUGCCCGGGAUGGGGAUGGGAAAUGCGGGAAACUUCACCUUCCCUUGGAUGGAGAGCAGUAGGAGGUUUGCCAAGGACAGAUUAACAGGGGAGCAGGCAGAGGAGAGCCGAGUCGGAGAGGCCACAGGGGGGCCGGGGGCUGCCGGGUCCCUCUGUCCUCUCCCCAAGGGAGACAUCGGCAGGGUCCCUGUCUGGAGCACUGUGGAGACAUUAGCCAAAUGCUAUUACCCUGAGCUCGCUCACCUGCGAGACGGCAAUGGCCUUCUAGCAGACUAUCCUUUUCCAAAGGGGGCUUGCCCAGCUGCCCUCUCACCUUUCUCCGUGACCCGUCGCAUCGGUCAUCCUUAUCAGAACAGGACGCCACCCAAGAGGAAAAAGCCUCGCACUUCCUUUAGCCGGGUGCAGAUCUGUGAGCUGGAGAAACGUUUUCAUCGGCAGAAGUACCUGGCGUCGGCCGAGCGCGCCACCUUGGCCAAGGCCCUGAAGAUGACAGAUGCACAAGUCAAGACCUGGUUUCAGAACAGAAGGACAAAAUGGCGGAGACAGACUGCAGAGGAGAGAGAGGCCGAGAGGCAGCAGGCCAACCGGCUGAUGCUGCAGCUUCAGCAGGAAGCUUUCCAGAAGACGUUGAGCCAGCCUUUGCAGCCAGACCCCCUCUGUCUGCACAACUCCUCCCUCUACGCCCUGCAGAACCUGCAGCCCUGGGCAGAAGACAAUAAGGUGACCUCCGUCACCUCCGUGGCAUCUGUAGUGUGA